UAUAUAAUAUAUGAUGUUAAUCUUUCUGUGCAUAUAUACAAAUGAAUAUGACAUAAUAAAAUGUUUCAGGGAAAUUUGACAUCUGUAACAGUUUUUUUCCUCCUGGGAUUUUCGCACUACCCCAAAGUUGAGGUCAUAGUAUUUGUGCUGUGCUUGCUGAUGUACCUGAUCACCCUGCUGGGUAAUAUCAUUCUGAUCUCCAUCACCAUUCUGGAUUCCUACCUACACAAACCCAUGUACUUCUUCCUCAGCAACCUCUCCUUUUUAGACAUCUGGUACACUUCUUCUGCUUUUACUCCAAUGCUGACAAACUUUGUUACAGGGGAAAACACCAUCUCAUUCGUAGGGUGUGUUGCUCAGAUGUACUUCUCUCUAGCUAUGGGUGCCACUGAGUGUGUGCUCUUGUCCUUGAUGGCAUAUGACCGAUACGUGGCCAUCUGCAACCCCCUGAGAUACCCCAUCAUAAUGAACAAGAAGGUUUGUUUGCAGAUUGCAGCUGGUUCCUGGUUGACAGGCUACCUCACCACCCUGGUGGAAACAGUAUUUGUGCUGCAGCUCUCUCUGUGUGGUCAUAACACAAUCAAUCAUUUUGCUUGUGAAAUUCUGGCUGUCUUGAAACUGGUUUGUGUGGACACCUCCAUGGUGGAAUUACUCAUGCUGGUGAUCACCACACUUAUCCUUCCCAUGCCAGUGCUUCUAAUUUGUAUAUCUUAUGCAUUCAUUCUCUCCAACAUCCUAAGAAUUAGUUCAGUGGGUGGUCGAAGCAAAGCCUUUUCAACAUGUGCAGCCCACCUGACUGUGGUGGUUUUGUUCUUUGGGACAGCUCUCUCCAUGUACCUAAAGCCCUCAGCUGUGGAUUCACAGGAAAUAGAUAAAUUUAUAGCUUUGGUAUAUGGCGGAUUAACCCCCAUGUUGAAUCCUAUCAUCUAUAGUCUACGGAACAAAGAGGUGAAAGCAGCUAUGAAAAGGUUGCUGAUUAGAAAUCCUUUUGGUACUGUGUUAAUUUCUGUCCUCAAUAAUAUCAGAGCAAGCACACUCAUCUGAAUAAUCUCCAACAUUAUCCAGAAAGUUGCAAAAUAGUUG